AUGGCUCCAUCCGCCCUUUCCGACCUCCUUCCUCCAGGUUCGUUGACAACGAAAACCGCCGUAGUGCACAAGGAAGAACGUACCACUGAUCAGUCACCUCUCGCCGCGAUCUCUCAUGGCGAUGUGGCACUGCCCGGAAUCCCCAAGUUUGACGACAUGGCUGCUAAACGACAAUGGCAGCUCGAACAUAUGGCCGCAGCAUUCCGAUUUUGGGCUCGUCAAGGUUUCGUCGAGGGUAUCGCUGGACACAUCAGUGUCAGAGACCCUGAGAGCCACGAUAUCUUCUGGACAAAUCCUCUCGGAGUACACUACGGUCUGCUUAAAGCCAGCGAUAUGAUUGCUGUUGAUAUGCAAGGCAGAGUCGUCGGCGGCAACCGUACUCGCCCAGCUAAUGCCGCUGGCUUCCUGAUCCACAGCGAAGUCCAUAAAGCCCGCCCUGAUGUCGUCGCUGUUUGUCACGCCCACACUGUCUACGGCAAAGCUUGGUCGGUGUUCGGCAGACCUAUCGAGAUGCUUACGCAAGAUUCCCUGAAGUUCUACAACGCUCAUAGCGUAUAUAACUCUUAUGGUGGCGUCGUGCUGGCUGCAGAGGAAGGCGCCAUGAUUGCGAAAGCUCUCGGACCUACCAACAGAGCAUGCAUCCUGCGAAACCACGGUUUAUUAACGGCAGGCACGACUGUUGACGAAGCUGCAUUUCUGCUUAUGAGCCUUGAGCACGCUUGCCAGGGCCAACUACUUGUCGAAGCCGCCAGCCAGGGCGGCAGCAUACCCAAAACCCUCAUUUCAGACGAGGAAGCCGAGUAUAGCAGCAAGAUUGAGGGCGAUCACGAAACGUCCUAUAUUGAAUUCCAGGCUUACUAUGACUGGGAGGACUACCUCUGCAAGGGUGAUUUCAAGAACUGA